AUGGCAGCUCCUAUGGAUGAUGUUGCACUGGUCUUUGCGGAACUCGGAGACCUGGAGAAAAAGUUUGCAGAAGUCGAACUCGAUGCCUUGCGAAGGAAAGAGUUCUCUCUGAAACCGCUGUAUACCAAGCGGAAAGAGUUUCUUGAUCGAGUGCCCGAUUUCUGGCCCACAGUCUUUGGCAAUGGACCGGAGGAAAUCCAGCAAUUUCUUUCGCCUGACGACCUUGCCCUCAUCUCUGCCAUCACCUCCUUCACGGUCGAGCGGUACCAAAUCGAGUCGGAAACUUCAGGAGAGCCUCGCAGUCUUCGAUUUACGUUCGAGUUCGCCGAGAAUGAAUUCUUUGAGGAUACCAAACUUGUAAAGGAGUUUGAGUACCGACCUAGGGGGGAUGGGCCCGGCAGCCUGGUUUCGACACCAAUUCCGAUCAAAUGGAAAGCCAAGAGGAGGGACGUCACACAUGGCUUUCUUGAUGCUGCCGUUGAGCUUUAUAACGCUGAAGAGGCCCUGAAGCUGAAGAACGGCGAGACGGAAGUCGACAUCGUGGAGCGCGAGUCGCUGUGGCAGCAUGAAAAGCUGCGAGAUAAGCUGGCAAAGAUGGACGAGAGCCCUGACUUAGAACCAAGCUUCUUCGACUGGUUUGGCUUUCGAGGUGCCGUGAAGACUUCUUACCCCAAAAAGGUGGCCGAGAACGGCGCCAAUGACACGGAGGAUGACGAUGAGGAGGACGAGGACGACGAGCCCAUGUUGGAAGUCGAAAUCUUCCCAGCCGGUGAGGAAGUGGCAAUCGUGCUGGCGGAAGAACUGUGGACUGAUGCCAUUGAUUACUUCAUGUCUGCCCAAGAAGGGUCUUCGACUUCCUCAGAAGCCAACGACAUCAUUGUGGAUGGCGAUGAAGAGUCGUCGGAAGAUGAUGAUCCGCCGGAGCUGGUUGAAGGAGAGAUUGCAACCGAGGUCCAAGAGAUUGAGGAAGAAGAGGCUGAGGCAGAUAGUGCCAGGCCACGCAAGCGCCAGCGCAACGUCUGA